AUGCCCCGUGGAACUCUGUCCGUAUCCAACACCGCCAUCCCCCAGUACGCGCCGCCGUAUCCGACAGACGGCAGCGACUACACAAGCGACGCCGUCCUGACAAUCCCGUAUCAAACAACAGCCGAAUGCGUGCGCCAUUUCGUGCCAGACAUGCUGGAGCUCGACGACGAGCCCGAGGCAUCAGUCAUGCUGUUCCAGCACAGAAUGACCUCGUUCGGCCCGUACAACGAGUACGUCCACACGGUCAAGGUCAAGUACCAGGGCGAGAAAUACGACUACUGCCUCUCGCUCAUCCUGGACAACGACUCGCCGAUAUUAUGCGGUCGCGAGCAAUUCGGAUUCCCCAAGAAGCUGGGAGUGGUGAGUUUGGAGCCGAAGACUGGGUCGACUAUCACCCAUGGCACCGUGGAGAGGCCCCCAGGGCAGAAGAUUGUCGAAGUAGGGUUCCAGCCUCAGCACAAGGUCAAGAGUAGUCUGGAACAUACGAUUAAAGGGCUGAAUUUACGCGUUAUUCCAUCGGUGGUGCCGGGGCAGGGCCCGUCUGUCAAGGAGCUGGUGCCGGUCGAUAUCACCAUCGAGGGCAGUGCUGUAUGGCAGGGCUCUGGGUCUGUGUGUUUCCCAGCGCCCUCGCGGUUUGAUCCAAUGCAUCAAGUCAAAGUGCUUCGAUAUAAGCCGGCGACGCUGCUGCGGAAUGCAUCCUCGGCCAUCCGCUGUCCGACAAAGGUGUUUCCGAUUUAG